AUCGAUAAGUAUCAUCUCUGACUUCACAUGCUUCCGCUUUUCCGAAGUACCGGCGAGGAUUUUAUAAAGAAAACGCUAAAAGUGUUUACCCUUUAAACCUUUACUACGAGUACAAUUUAUUUCACACGAAGAUGGAUUCGUUACAGGCAGGAAAUUUAUCUGGCAUUCAAAAAGACGAAAUAAUGGAACAGGUUAAACAACAGAUUGCUGUUGCCAAUGCUCAGGAACUACUCACGAAAAUGACUGAAAAAUGUUUUAAAAAAUGUAUCUCGAAGCCUGGCACCUCGCUGGAUAGUUCCGAGCAGAAAUGUGUGGCAAUGUGUAUGGAUAGAUACAUGGAUGCUUUCAAUCUAGUAUCAAAGGCAUAUAGUAACAGACUUCAACGGGAACGCCACCGAUUGUAAAUAGAUAGAGUCAAAUGAAUAAAUUGUUUUGGUUGCACUGCAUGUAGUUCACUAGUCAAUCGAAACUACAAUACUGAACAUUCACCUGAUUAAUACGCAAGAAAUUCCACCUGGUAUUGAACGUUUAUUCCAGUUUAUGUAAAUAAGAGGAGAACGUUCAACAUCAAUUACAAUACAUGUAACUACAUAGCAUUAGUCAAUAUUUGAGUGAACAUUGCAUUUUAUUGUUAAUGAGAAUUGUUCAGUGUGCUCGCUGUUACAUUGAGUAACAAUGUAUAAUAGACGAAAGGCAGUUUAAGCAAUUCAUUAAAGAUCAAAACAACUUAUUAUUAAGAAGUUGUAGGCCAAUAAUUAUUAAUAAAUUGGAAAAAGCUAUACAAACUAAACAAAGUUAUUAGAAAUAUCUACAAGUCACAGACCAUUGCAUUGAGAAAUAGAACUACCUUAACAGCAUGAAUACAAAUACAGCACGGUAUGAGAAUUGACUUCAAUAUGUUAAAAAAUAAAUUGAUUAUUUACAAUUAAUUUGUGUCAUUAAUGUUAAAUCUUGUUUAGCAAACCACAAAGAAAACUGCUAAAUAAUCCUAAAUCUGUGUAAAUACAUUUUUUUAUUCGGAA